AUGGCAGCCCUGGCAGCGCGAGUGUCCAAGCAGAGGGCAGCAGCUGAAGGUCUUGGCUCCAACCAGAAGGUCGUGAAGUACUUGGGCCAGGACUUUGAGACCCUAAGGCAGCAGUGUUUGGACUCAGGGGUCCUAUUUAAGGACCCAGAGUUCCCAGCGUGCCCAUCGGCCUUGGGCUACAAGGAUCUUGGACCAUGCUCUCCCCAAACUCAAGGCAUUGUCUGGAAGCGGCCCAUGGAAUUGUGUCCCAGCCCUCAGUUCAUCAUUGGUGGAGCCACACGCACAGACAUUUGUCAAGGUGGUCUGGGUGACUGCUGGCUUCUGGCGGCCAUCGCCUCCCUCACCCUGAACGAACAGCUGCUCUACCGGGUGGUGCCCAGGGACCAGAACUUCCAGAAGAACUACGCGGGGAUCUUUCAUUUUCAGUUCUGGCAAUACGGCGAGUGGGUGGAGGUCGUGGUGGACGACAGGCUGCCCACCAAGGACGGGAAGCUGCUCUUCCUGCACUCCGAGGAAGGCAGCGAGUUCUGGAGCGCGCUGCUGGAGAAGGCCUACGCCAAGCUCAACGGGUCCUACGAGGCUCUCGCUGGAGGGUCCACAGUGGAGGGGUUUGAGGAUUUCACGGGUGGCAUCUCUGAGUUUUUUGACCUGAAGAACCCACCGACCAGUCUGUUUCAGAUCAUCCGGAAGGCCCUCCGCGCGGGGUCCCUGCUGGCCUGUUCCAUUGAUGUCUCCAGCGGGGCCGAGACAGAAAUCAUCACCAGCCAGAAGCUGGUUAAGAGUCACGCGUACUCUGUCACUGGCGUGGAGGAGGUGGAUUUCUGUGGCCGCCCAGAGAAGCUGAUCAGACUCAGGAAUCCGUGGGGCGAAGUGGAGUGGACGGGAGCCUGGAGUGACGAUGCACCGGAGUGGAAUUACAUCAACCCCAGGCAGAAACAAGAGCUGGACAAAAAGGCCAAAGAUGGAGAGUUUUGGAUGUCUUUUCCGGAUUUUUUGAGGCAGUUCUCUCGGCUGGAGAUCUGCAACUUGUCCCCGGACUCCCUGAGCAGCGAGGAGGUGCACAAAUGGAACCUGGUCCUGUUCGAAGGCCGCUGGACGCGGGGCUCGACCGCUGGCGGCUGCGCGAACUACCCAGCCACUUACUGGACCAAUCCCCAGUUCAAAAUCCGGCUGGUCGAAGUGGAUGACCACCAGGAGGGGGGCACCGGUGAGCCCCGCUGUAAAGUGCUGCUGGGUCUGAUGCAGAAGAAUCGCAGGCGACAGAAGAGGAUCGGACAGGGCAUGCUGAGCAUCGGCUAUGCUGUGUACAAGGUCCCCAAAGAGCUGGAGAGUCACACCGAUGUGCACCUGGGCCAGCGCUUCUUCCUGGGCCACCAGCCCUUGGCCCAGUCGAGCACCUACGUGAACCUGCGGGAGGUCUCUACCCGGGGCCAGCUGUCCCCGGGGGAGUACGUGGUGGUGCCAUCCACCUUCGAGCCCUUCCAGGAUGGUGACUUCUGCCUGCGGGUGUUCUCGGAGAGGAGGGCUGGGGCCCUGGAAAUUGGGGACAUGGUAGCUGGAAACCCACAUGAGCCACAGCCCAGCGAGGGAGAUCAAGACGACGGCCGGCUCUAUAGCCUGUUCGAGAAGCUUGCCAGGAAGGAUUCUGAGAUCGGUGCCCAUGAGCUCAAGACCACUCUCAAUGAGGUGUUUUCCAAACGAACAGACAUAAAAUUCUAUGGAUUCGACAUCAACACUUGCAGGGAGAUGAUCAGCCUGAUGGAUAGCAACGGCACGGGCACCUUGGGACUUGUGGAAUUCAGGAAGCUGUGGUUGAGGAUUCAGAAAUUCCUGGAGAUUUACCUAGAAACCGACUGUAAUCAAUCGGGGACCAUUAAUGCCCAGCAGAUGAUGACAGCCCUCAAGAAGGCAGGGUUCACGCUCAACAAUCAGAUGCAGCAGAUCAUCGCCAUGUGGUACUCAUGCAGCACCCUCAGUGUCGACUUUGAUGGCUUCGUUGCUUGUAUGAUCCGCCUGGAGACCCUCUUCAAGCUGUGCAGGCUUCUGGACGGGGACCAGAAUGGCGGCAUCCAGCUCUCUCUGGAUGAAUGCCUGUGCUGUGUGUUAGUCUGAUCCUGGGUUUUGGACAUCGGUGACGCUCCCUGCCAGCCCGCCUGCCUCUUUUCCCUCCUUCUUUGCAAUUUUGUGAACAUUUAUCCUCAAAUGGCAUUCAUUGGUCAUCCUUAAUCCGUCUUGCCUGGCGUUGUUUCCUGAGAUCCUGGCCUGUCCCACCAGAGCAUCUGAGGGGUCUCUUUCAGCAGCAGUGAAGUUCACCCCAGGGCCCAAUGGAGGGACAGAAAUGAAUGAAAGUUGUGAUGUGCAAUCUGGGGACCACCCUGAGGUUUUUAAUACUCUCGGAAAGAAGAUGUUCUUGGGAAAUGACUGAAAGGUGGAAAAUGGGGGUGAAUUACUUGGAGGAGAGGUUUCCUACAGAUCAAGUUGCUUCUGGUGGCCGCCUUCUGGAAAGGAGCCAGCUCCAGCCCUCUCGAGGAAGGGGGCAGGAUGGGCCGCUGGGAGAGCAGGCCUCUCUUACUUUCAGGCAGGAGAAAUUGCUGUACUGUCUGUGUCUGCUGAGUCUAAAGGAAAAUCCUUGCUGAGGGGAAUUCUUACCUGACAAAUAGCUGGAGGGGAAAUGCAAUUCAGGUUAGUUUUGCUCACAGCUGAACACAGGAAUCUUCUUGUUGGUAAGAAAAUAGAUAUCACAGCCUGCUGUCCUAAUGGGUAGAGAGGGACGGAGCUGGUUCGCAUACACAGACUUCAGAAAUGAAGUAUGGAGGCGGCUGAAUGUCUUAGUCAGCUCGGGCUGCUGUAACAAAGUACCACAGCCUGGGUGGCUUAGAAACAACACACAUUUAUUUCUCACCAUUCUGGAGGCUGGAAGUCUGAGGUUAGGGUGCUGGCAUGUUUGGGCUCUCUUUUAAGUCGCAGACAGCUGAUUUCUGGGGGUUGUAUUCUGACAUGAACAGCAGAGAGAGUGAGCCCUUUCAUGAUUCGUAGAAGGGCACUAAUCCCAUUCAUGAGGGCCCCACCCUCCUGACCUCAUCUAACCCUAUUUAC